AAAAAAUUUCAAAAUAAAAAACAGAUAAUCUGGAGAAUAGUGGAAGGAACGCGUGCCACAUUAGAAAAUCAAAACUACCCCAUCUGCGGUUCUGCCUUCUUCUUUCUCUCUUCUCUCCUCCAAAAGAUAAAACCCUAAAAUCCUAAAACUUACCUCAGCAACCGUCGCCGCCCCGCCAUUCAAGGCGCCUCAGCCACCGCCGUCUUCCCUGCCACUCCAGCUGACUACUGCCCGCCCCCUGCCGCCCAGCUCCUAAUUUCAAUUUUAAUUUUGAUAUUUUAAGGUAAAAUAAAAAACAAGUAAAAAAAAUGCCUACAAAAAUUGCAGAUAUUCGUCUAAUUUCAACACAUCCAGAAGUAUACGAACCUUGUGAUGAUUCAUUUGCUUUAGUAGAUGCUCUUCUUUCUGAUAGGGCAAAUCUUAUUCAAAAACAACCCACUUUAUGUUUAGAAAUUGGUUGUGGUAGUGGUUAUGUUAUCACUUCUUUAGCCUUAAUGUUAGGUCAUGAAUCUAACAUUGGUACUAAUUAUUUAGCAACUGAUAUAAACCCACACGCUGUCGCAGUGACAUCUGAUACAUUAACAUCUCAUGGUGUGCACGCCGAGGUAAUGUUAAUGGACAUAGCCUCAGCGUUGGAAGAUCGGCUUGCUGGGUUAAUUGAUGUUAUUGUUGUUAAUCCACCUUAUGUUCCGACCCCUGAGGAUGAAGUAGGCUGUGAUGGGAUUGUUUCGUCGUGGGCAGGAGGCGAGGAUGGGAGGAGUGUGAUUGAUAGGAUAUUGCCUGUUGCUGAUAAACUAUUGUCUGAAAAAGGUUGGUUGUAUUUGCUUACUCUUGCUGCUAAUAAGCCUUUGCAGUUGUGUGGAUUGAUGAGAGAAAAAGGAUAUGCUUCUAAGAUUAUUGUUCAGAGGUCUACUGAGGAGGAGAGUCUUCAUGUUAUUAAGUUUUGGCGGUAUUCUAAGAGUGAUGUCCAGGUGAACAAAUCGGGAGCUUCUAAGGGAAGUCCUACAUCUGUUUUUUCCAGGUUUUCUCGAUUGUCAUUCUCAUUCAAUGGGAAUGCUGAUUCUAAGUGAUACUUUAUUGUAGCUGGUUUCAUUGUUAACUGAUAAUCACUAUGUUUAAUAUGAGGUACAGUUGCUUGAUAUUGCCUUGAAGCAUUCGGUUCUUCUAAUGGUCGUAUUAACUAUCCAUUUCACCCUUUGCAAUUAAGUGAAAGGGAGGAUUGUAGAUUGCUUUUAUCAAUGGUCGGAGAUGGUUUAUAAUUACAACGACAUUGAUGAUGUAUAUAGUAAUGGUAUUAUGAAUAAAUGGUGCUUCGGUGUCUGAC